AUGGCACAGGUUGCUUCCAGCUCGAAGCUACUCUUUGAGCCCCCGCACCGCGAUCUUGUUCAUCGCGACAACCGUCUCCCUCACGACGUCCACGACGUGUUGCGCUUGCCUGCCGCCAUGCAAGCUGUCACCGCUUCGAGGCCCAACGCUGACAGCGCUUCCGCCUCCCAUCGUAUCCCGUCCCAGCCAAAUGCCUCUAAUCCACCCUCGGCCUCCUUGCGCCCCCCAGACCAACAAAUGCCUACAACCGCCGCUUCGCUCAUGCGCGAAGGCCCAAGAGAUUUCACCGUCAUCAAGGACGUUGGCGAUGGCUCCUUCGGCACCGUCUGUCUGGCAGACUGGAAGAGCCCCCUUCCCAGCGGCACCAUGCUCUCCCCCAUGCAGCACCCCACCACACGUCCAGAGUACAUCGGAAAGCGUCUUGUCGCCAUCAAAAAGAUGAAAAAGCCCUUUCCAAGUUGGCAAGAGUGCAUGAAGCUCAAGGAACUCAGAUCGCUCCUCACAAUACCCCCGCAUCCCAACAUCAUUCCCUUGUAUGACGCCUUUCUCAUGCCUACCACCAAAGAGCUUCACUUUGUCUUUGAGUGCAUGGAGGGCAACCUCUACCAGCUCACAAAAUCACGCAAAGGCCGUCCGCUUGCCGCAGGAUUGGUCGCCUCUAUCUACGAACAGAUUGUCCUCGGUCUCGACCAUAUCCACCAGCACGGCUAUUUCCAUCGCGACAUGAAGCCCGAGAAUCUGCUCAUCACUACCACCGGCCUGGCUGACUAUCCUAACCUCCAGCCUGCCUUGGCUGCAGAGAGAGACGUCCUCGUCAUUGUCAAGCUUGCCGACUUUGGUCUCGCCCGCGAGACGCUCAGCAAACCACCUUACACCGAAUACGUCUCGACGCGUUGGUACCGUGCUCCCGAAGUGCUCCUCCGCUCACGCGACUAUAGCAACCCUGUCGACAUGUGGGCACUCGGUACCAUCCUCGCCGAGCUCGUCAAUCUCAAACCCCUUUUUCCCGGCCACAGCGAGGUCGAUCAGGUGCUCCAGAUUUGCGACAUCCUCGGUGACCCCAGCCACAGCUACGGCCACGACUCCCGCAACAGGCGCAACGGUGGCGGUCCAUGGGACAGAGGCAUCCGCAUGGCCAGAGCCGUCGGCUUCACUUUCCCCAUCCGCAAGCCCGCCAAGUUCUCUAGGUUCUUUUCCGACCGCGUCCCGCAGAACCUCAUCGAUUGCAUCGAGGACCUCCUUCGCUACGACCCUCAAGCCAGGCUCACCAGCAAAGAUUGUCUUCAGCACGAUUACAUGCGUCUCGAUGCUCCUCGACUGCGACCCCCGCAAGCCAAACCGCUUGUCAGUGCUACAGCUCCGCUCCGUCCCCAGCAGAACGCAUCGCGCCCUCUACCCUCAUCCCACUCGACGCUGCUUUCCUCGAACCACGCUCGGCCGCCUUUUGGAGCUGCCGACUCCAAUCUCAAACCGUUGGCCGUGCUACGUCAGCCCGACGGUUCUCCCAUCGUCAGAGUCAACGCCGCUGCCACUUCCGACCCCAGCCUCGCUAACGGCACAACCCCCGCAUCGCCCAUGCAAGAGGAUGCUACCGAGGUGCACUGGGCACCGCCCGUCGUCUCGUCCAGCAGAGACGUUUCUCUGUCCGGCUAUCCUGCCUUUCCCGACUCGGCGUCCCUCUACGCAGCCAGCUCUUCCACUCAUCCUGAUGGUCCUCCCUCGGGUGCACCAUCUUCCGAUGCGACCAUGGUGAUGUCCGACGCCCAGCUCACCGACUCGACUCUCAAACACACCGAUCCUCGUCAUGCACAGGCGCUCCAGGCCCAUCAGUAUGAGCAGUACCAACGUCAGUAUCGCCACGACGCCGGUCAGUCACAGAGUCCAGGCUACGACGCACACGCGGCUGCUGCCUACGAUCGCGACGCUGCGCUUCGCGGCGCCGCUUUUGUACCCUUCGUCGCAUCCUACCCUGGCUCAGCCGCCACAGGUCAGUUGGCCGCUGCGACAUCUUCGGGUGAGCUUUCCCAGAAGAAUGACUCGAACGCAAGCAACGAAACUAUCAGCUCGCGCGACAAGGAGAGACGCAGAAGCAAAGUCUGGGGCCUCAACAUCUCUUCCAAGUUUGGCGGCAGCGGAAGCAGCGGAACGCUUGCUGGAAGUAGCAGUGGUGGAGCAGCCAAUGCCACCGGCACCCAUCUGUACGCAGUCGGAAACGCAGCAGCCGGUCGUCUACCGCCUAAUGGGCCGAUGCAGGAAUCUAGGGUAUCGCUCGAGCCUACCCCCGCCCAGCGCAUCGCUGCCGAGCACUCGAAUGCUACAUUGGCAACAUUACCCAACGGCGCACCUGCCAAGACAGCCGAUUCCAAGAAAGCCAGGAAGGAGGCCGAAAAGGCGGCGCGAGAGGCCGAGAAGGCCAAACGAGAAGCUCAGCAGAAAGCAGCGCGCGAUCGAGCGCGUGCCGUCAUGCAGAAGCGUAAUCAGCUCUUGGCCUCGUCCAAUAGCAAGGACCCCGUCGAAUGGCUGGCUGGUGCCAUCCAGUCCGACGAGCCGUAUCGAUCGAGUCCGAGCGAAAAGGCACGCGGAAAGCAGCCCGCCAUUCCUGGCUCUCAGCUGUCGCCAUCCAUGCCCAGCUUUGCUUCCGGCGAAUUUCCUCGUUCGCCGCUCCAGCAACCCAUCCAUGGUCUCAGCCCCGAUUACGGCAUGAAUGCAAAUCCAGCCGUGAUGGGCAGUAUGGCUUGGCGAGGCGUUGGCGCUGCCAGAUACAGUCGCUCCAACAAGGCACGCAGACGCGAGCACGACGACGAUCAUUCCAUGUCGAGCUUCGAAGACGCCGUCGAUCCUCGCAGGGCUUCAAUGCAGUCGUACCAGACUGGCGACAGCGAUCCUGGGCCGGGGACCGGUCAACAGGUGGCGCAGGGACACUACGUUCAACGAGCCAGCUCAUCAUCCUCGCUCGCCUCGGCGCCCUCGUUGGUCGACCAACGCCGCUUUGCUCCUUCUCUCGAGUCCCAUCGCAGCUCGGCAGACACUCGCUCCAUCAGCUCCCUCGACCACCAGCUCAUCACCAAUAUGGAAAGGAUGACGGCCGUAGAGGCACGAGCGCGGACCCCAGGCAAUGUGUCGCCCGGUCCUGCCCAUGUUGUCGGCGCGCGCCAGUCGCUCAGUCGCCAGAGUCGCACCAACAGCCGUGCUUCGUCGACGUCUGCGCACCGGCAGGGAUCCGCAUCGCCGCUGCAUCACGCCAGUGGCAUUCCACGCUUCCAUCCGUAUUCGCACGGUGGACCCGUGACGCCUUCGACCGGCUACCACGCCAACUACCAGCUGCCACCGCUUCAUCAGAGCUUGGCGCAUCCGAGCGGUGCACAGCGGAGCGACACGGCCGGCGACAGAUCCGUGUCUCCAGCAUUCUACUCGAACGCCAGCCAGCCGCAGCAGCAUGUGCAUCAACACCACAUCAAUCCCAUCUUCCACGUGCCUGCUGGGAAUUCCGGUCACGGCACUACACUACCGCCCUUCUCGUCGAUCGCAGCGUCUAUCGAUGUUCCUGCCAUCGACGAAAAGGCGACGCAGAUGCUGUAUGCACAGGCGCGAUCCCCCGGUCCAUUGCCGCAAAGCUGA